CUAUAAGUAAACAAAUAUGCUUUUUUGAGGUUAUGUUUAUAUUUUUAACAUGUUUAUAUUUGUAAAUUUAUAAAAAUAAUAUGUAUCAUACUUUUAGAAUAAACAAAUUAAGGCUUAAACCUUUUCUUAAUGUCAUAAGUGACAUAAAAAAAAUACACAAUGUAGAUCUUAGCGAUAUUUCUAAAGUUACUAAUAUUCGGAAAUUAUUACGACAAAAAGGGUUUCCCGUUCAGGAUGGAUUUACGUCUGUAACAACUAAAUGUACAAUAUGUAUGGAAGAAAAAACCGAACAAAAGAAGACAGAUAAUAAACUUUUUGUUAAUAAAACCACAGGUUACUUUUUAUGUCCUAAAUGCAAUAUACACGGAGAGUGGAAUGUACUUGAAAGAUUAAUGAAAAAAUCUAAACUGGAAGGGACUAUUAAAGACUAUAUUGAUGACUUGCAGCAGAAAAUAGACAAUUUUCAAAAUGACUGGAAAAAGGUUUUAGAAGAAACUACGUCAAUAAUAGAUUUAAGUGAAAAUGAAACAUUAGAACUUUUCCGUUUAUUUGAAUAUCCAUACCAUCAUGAAGCAAGUAAAGUCUUAUCAGAUGUAAGAGUAUCAGAAGACCAUACAGUAUUAUAUUUCCCUUUAAAAAACUCAUUGGAUAAAGUAGUGGGAUACCAUAAAGUACAAGCAGGGAGGGAAGAUGAGUCUGAGAGUUGUGGUCUGUAUGCAGCUGGCUUAUUUCACUGCAAAGCCACUAGAACAAGUCGGAAUGACCAAGCCAUACUAGUGCCAACUAUACAAGAUGUCCUACAUUUAGCUGCAUCAAAAGUUCCAGGUACUCUCAUUUGGCUCAAUAACUGUAGCCUACCACCAGUCUUGUUACCUUGUCUUGAAAACUACCAAAGGUUAUGUUUAUGGGGUGACUGGGACAACAUGAGAGCUGUAGCUGAGAAGUUAGGAGAAGAGAGAUGCAGAUUUGUAAGGCCCACAGACGGCUUAGUGACAGCAACUGAGGCAGCCGUCGCAAACUUAUCCCUAAAGACUCUGGUCUCGGAAGCAAAACCAGCCGCCCAUAGAUCCAUUACUACUUUUGCUGCUCUGCGAGAUGACGUUUAUGCUGAACUUACCAAUAUCGAUAAGGUUCGAGGUGUGAAGUGGCGUCGUUUCCCCGGGCUGACACGCUUGUUAGGCGGACACCGCCGAGGAGAGCUGACCGUCCUCACCGGGCCCACAGGCUGCGGGAAAACAACGCUCUGUGCAGAAAUGUCACUAGAUCUGGCACAACAAGGGGUAACAACUUUAUGGGGAAGUUUUGAGAUUCGCAACUCUCGGCUAGCUCGCACGAUGCUGCAGCAGUUCGCAGGCGUCCCGCUCGAGCAGAACCUACAAGAGUUUCCCAAGUUCGCUGACGAUUUUCAAAAGUUACCCAUAUACUACCUCGCAUUUCACGGACAACAACCUAUUAAAGUCGUCAUGGAGGCGGUAGAGCACGCGCGGUACAUGCACGACCUGUCGCACGUGGUGGUGGACAACGUGCAGUUCAUGCUGGGAGUGGGCGACGAGCGCGAGGGGGACCGCUACCUGCGCCAGGACGCCGUCAUCGCCGCCUUCCGCACCUUCGCCACGGCUAGGCACUGCCACGUCACACUCGUCAUGCAUCCCAGGAAGGAACGUGAAAGUGAAGAUCUGUCAACCAGCUCCAUUUUCGGAAGCGCCAAGGCAUCCCAAGAGGCCGACAAUGUUCUUAUAAUUCAAGAUAAAAGACUUACAGCCGUUCGUGGAAAAAAAUACUUGCAAAUUGCCAAAAAUCGAUACAGCGGAGACCUCGGCAUAGUUCCAUUAGACUUUGACAAAGACGCUCUGAGUUACCAGUCAAAAAAGAAGACGAAAAGCAAACAAGAUGAACCAGACAAACUCUUAGAUGAGUGUUUUGAAGAAUACUCCUUAGAAGUUCAUGAUUCUAAUAACGCUAGAACGCCAAAAAAUCAGAAAAACAAAAAUAAAAGCAACAAUGCUGAUACUUUCCUUAGUGACAUUUUAAAUUUAAAUAGAACCAGAUAGUAUUCAGUCAGUGAUCAUUUGUUUCAUAGUUGUAACGUAGAUAUUACAUUAAAUAUCCUAGAAAUAUUAUGAUUAAGUCCAUCUCUGGCUCCGUCACACCUAAACAGCUGGAUUUGAUAGAGAUGAUUGUGAUGGAAUAGAAUCAUUUGUACUUUUUAUUCACAAUAUGUAACAGUUUGUAAAUAUUCCACUACAUUCCAGGUCCAGUGUUCAUAAUUUUUUGUAGAAAAAUGUUAUCCUUUUCAUUUCCAAGGUAAAACAAAGUAGAUAUUAAGAGAAAGUGACAAAAAUAUUCAAUCAAUGAUGCAAUACUAAUUUUGUAUAUAUUCUUAUUAAUUAGAGGAUUUUUAUAUGCAACACUCCUAUGUCCAUGAGAGUUAUGGCGACAUAAACAAUUAAAUAUUUCAAUAUCAAGGCUGUUUGUAUAUUCUGUUCUAAACUAUUUAUUCUAGGAUUGUAGCUUGAUGAAAAAUAACAUGACGAUAAACCUUAUACUAAUAGAGAAAGUGUAUGAUAGCCCAUGAAAUAGUUAUACAACAAUCAGCAGGGGAAGUAAAAAUUAAAGUGUUUGAAUCAAUUAAAAUAUUUUAUUUAUUUAAACCACU